UUCAGAUAAAAGGGUGCUCCUUUAAUAGUGUUUGAAUUAUUCUAAUCCUCUGAAUAUUUUCAAACAAUUUUUAUGCACCCUUUGAUCAACGGAUAGUUCUACACAAUGUCCUGGGUAAGAGACUUGAACAAGUCGCAUGUACUUGCGACAGCCUGUUUACUUCUGGCGCUCGGUCUGGACAAUUGUAAUGGAUUUUCUGUAAUGGAAAAGGAAAUUAGAGCGCUUGCUGAGGAGGCGCUCAAGAUGGACGAGAAUAAGGAAAUCAUGAUGGAUGCCAUCCGUACAACUCCGGAGAUGAUAGAAGCUCACGGAUACCCCGCGGAGGUGCACACGGUCACCACCAGGGACAGAUAUGUGCUGGAGCUUCACCGCAUCCCCCACGGCCGCAGGACAGGCCUUGAGAGAGACAUGCCUGAGAAGCUUGAGAGAGACAUGCCUGAGAAGCUUGAGAGAGACAUGUCUGAGAAGCUUGAGAGAGACAUGCCUGAGAAGCUUGAGAGAGACAUGCCUGAGAAGCUUGAGAGAGACAUGCCUGAGAAGCUUGAGAGAGAUAUCUUGAGAGAGACCAUGCGUGACAAGCUUGAGAGACACAAACGUGAGAAGCUUGAGAGAUAUCUGCGUGAGAAGCUCGAGAGAGACAUGCGUGAGAAGCUUGAGAGAGAAAUGCGUGAGAAGCUUGAGAAAGACAUGCGUGAGAAGCUUGAGAAAGACACGCGUGAGAAGCUUGAGAGAGACCUGUGUGAGAAGCUUGAGAGAGACCUGUGUGAGAAGCUUGAGAGAGACCUGCGUGAGAAGCUCGAGAGAGACAUGCACAUGCGUGAGAAGCUCGAGAGAGACAUGCGUGAGAAGCUCGAGAGAGACAUGCGUGAGAAGCUCGAGAGAGACAUGCGUGAGAAGCUCGAGAGAGACAUGCGGGAGAAGCUCGAGAGAGACAUGCGGGAGAAGCUCGAGAGAGACAUGCGGGAGAUGCUUGAGAGAGACAUGCGGGAGAAGCUUGAGAGAGACAUGCGUGAGAAACGUGCGAGAGACAUGCGUUUUAUUCUUGCUGAUGCUGGCUACGACGUUUGGAUGGGAAACGUUCGUGGCAACACCUACUCCAGAAAACACGAGAUCCUCAGUCCCGAUGACGCCCGCUUUUGGAAAUUCAGUUGGAGCGAAAUGGGAAAGUUCGACGUGCCCGCUAGCAUUGACUAUGCCCUGAACGUGACGCAACAAGAUCAGCUCUAUUACGUCGGCUUCAGUAUGGGAACUACCGUCUUCUUCACCAUGAUGAAUUAUCAUCCUGAAUACAAUCAGAAGAUUAUUGGAAUGAUCGCGCUGGCCCCCGUCGCGUACGUGACACACAUCAAGGGACCGCUGGGGGCCAUGAUCCCGUACGCGUCAACGUUCCAGACCUUAAUGGAAAUGGCGGGAGUGAACGAAGUCUUUUCUACUGGCAAAGUUUUCGACUUGCUGGUGUCGUCAGUUUGCUCGAGCAAGGAGUUCACAGCGCCGCUCUGCCACAACAUUCUCUUCGCCCUCACCGGUCCUGACGCCCACCAUCUCAACCCGGAAUUUCUUCCGGUGAUAUUAGCCCACACUCCAGCCGGCACAUCACUGCGCACUCUGCUACAUUUCCUGCAGAAUGGCAAGGCUGGUCGUUUCCAAGACUUUGACUUGGGCUGGUUUGGAAACUUUAGGCGCUACCGACAAGCCACCGCACCAGUGUUCAAUUUGACGCGCGUCACCGCCCCUGUAGCCGCCUUCUACGCGGACAACGACUGGCUCGCACCCCCAGCGGAUGUGCGAAGGACAGUCUCGGAACUCGGCAACGUUGUCCUGCGACACAAAGUCCCGGAUGAGAACUUCUCUCACCUCGACUUUUUGUGGGCUAAAGACCCAGUUGGUUUAGUUUAUCAAAAAGUGCUCAAGUGCCUCGCCCACUUCAAGAGAAUAGCGACCUGAGGCGCAGUCCUCGGCAGUCGGGCAUCGCGCUCCUCAACGAUAUUUAUCACGUUACGUUUGUCAUCAUCACUCGCUGAUCGAGUUCACAAAUCAUAUUCCUGCUCACCGUAUAUUUGUUUUGUCGCAAAGUUCGAAUAAUGAAUAAUAAGGCCACAUCAGGCCUACUCUUUAGCGCCGACAUCACUAUGUUAUGAGAGUGUUAUUGUACUGAGGACGAGUCGUUAGAUCACUUUCACACGACCUAAAGCGAAGACUGAAAAUUUUAUAUUAAUCGUUAAUUGUUAAAUGGAUUCAACGAUUGCUUCAAAAGCGAUUAUAUUGUGAUUGUGCGAAAUAUGGUUAGGUUAAACUUGUUAUUUUAUUGAAAUUCCAACGACUGCCAAAUAAUGUGGUGAUAGGUUAUAGGAUCAAUGAUAGAUUAUUGCUUGAUUAUUCGCUCAUCUGAUAGACUAUUAAGAGAAGUUACUCUAUUAGUUCAUAUUAUUUAUACUUAGCAAUACGCAGCAUACAUUAGUAGGAGACCUAAAGCAACUGACCUCUCAUCCAUCUUUCGUAGUGUCUAUAUUUUAAUCGCACUCAUGAUCACGUAAUUUAUAAACUGGAGUUGAUGGAAAAUGAAUUUAUUGCUGAAGGAAUCGCAUCGUACCAAAAAAUAUAGCAUUUCUGUAAUAAACUCCAUUGUAAAUCCAAUACGCGACGCUUAAAAGAGUAUCAUAAUUACAAACACGAGUGUAUCAUCUUUGCACAACGUUUAUACGUAACUCGAUAGUUUGAAAAACAAACUGAAAUAUUUACAUUUCAAAACUUACCAUCACUGGGUGAUAACUUGAUGAAAUCUAGAAUGUUGGGCGUGUUUUCCUUUCAUUUCGUUAAGCGAAUUAAGAAAAACUAAACACUAAAUGCAAAACGAAUUGCCGCCCUUAAGGCUUUGGAGGUCGUCAUCUAGCAGGAGAUAUUUUGUUAAGCGUCGCGAAAAAAUUGAUGGUGAUCAUCAUCGUUGUUCUUGGCAGACGCAGAGCAUCGCGGUUAAAAGGAUGAACAGUUCAACGAAAUGUUACUAUGUAUGGCGGUCGUUACAUAGGAAAUUCAAGUCAGUUGUGCAUGAAAAUUAAGUGGCAUUAACUAUUAUUAACUAUUACCUCAUUUUAUGAAAAUAAUUUAUCUUCAUGUUGA